AUGUUAUCACCACCGCCGCCGCCACCGCAUGCGCUAGAGCCUGCUGCCGGCCCCAUUAUAAUCAGCCACGUCAACGCCGGUAUCGAGUUCAUCGACGACCUCUCCAAUGACGACGAGCGCGAUGAGCUCGUGGAACAGAUGAAUCUACACGGGAACGCAAUCCAGUCAAUGGACGGACUGGAGGCCUUCAACAAGAUUUCCCCAACUGCCACGUCUGGAGGAGCUGUCGAUGGCUCACAACUGAUGUUACCGAAAUUGACAUUACUGGACGAAGAAGAAGUCGAGUUUUUGAAAGAGAUGGGCAGUCUACACAUGCCAAAGUAUCGUUCACUCAUGCGUCGGAUAGUGGAAAGCAAACGCAGCGAUCGUCAAAGCCCACGGGAGGACAGACAAAGGCUUGGUCGAGGUGAAUUACCGCAGCACAACCAGUUAAACCGUGGACGGUACGGCGUGUCACCUCCCAGUGUGGACACCACCAACUUGCAUCAUACAACACGAGACGAACACAAGACGUCGUCUCCCGAACUGAAGUCUGCUCUUUUAGUCUCUACACUUGAGCCUAUACAGCAACAGCGGCUCGUUCUGAAAGAUACCGGUACGAAUACCAGUGUGGAUCUGGAGAAGGAUAUCUUCAAGCGUGAACAAGUCAUGGCACAUAAAGAAACCGAGUUUUUAAAGAAGGAGAAAGUAUUCCUCACAAGAGAAAACGAGUAUUUUAUCAAGAAAAAAGAGCUGAGAGCGGACAUUACUGAUCUCCAUGAUAAGUACGAAGCUGCAGAGACCCGAGCGAUGAAAGCUGAAGCCACCGUGCUGGAAAUGUCGAGUCGAUUACUGCAGAGAGAGAAGGAUUUUGUCGACGAAGCUACCAACACUACUAUGUCUGAGGAUGACGCACUGGAAGCCUCGUAUCAACAGGAAAUAGAGCGUCUUAGUGCUGACAACUCAGAUUUAAAGAAGAAGGUUACAGCACUGCAAGUUGACGUCGCUGCAAUGACCCAAAGCCUCCGUGAAGCGGAGCAGCGCUUACAAGAGAAGAUGGCUACAUUAGAGAAAAGCGAGAACAAGGUCGUGGAAGUCACUGGAGAGCUGCAACAUGCUCGUAAAACACACGAAGCAAUCGUCACGCAGUUAUCAACCGAAGUCAAGUACCACAAAGACCACGUGGAGCAAGCUGACAAGCGUAAUGUUCACUUGGAACAGCAAGUGACGGAACUAAAAGCCAACGUGGAGACGGUCUACAACAAAUGUAUCGAGAAAGAUGAAGCCAUUCAGCAGGUAAAGAAGAGUUUAGUCGCUCGUCAAGACGAGAUCGAUACGUUAAGAUUCCAACACGACAAAGAUAGCGAGCGUCAAGACAAAUUCCAGCAGCAACAGCAAGAUCUGUACGACCGUCAGCUCCAAGCGUCGAUCAUCCAGGUCGAAAUGGAGUUCCGUAAGGAAUUCCAGCAGUCAGCACACAAGUUCCAGUUGUUACAGCGUAAAAAUCAGGAGCGUAUUAAGGAGAUCAAGCGCGUUCGAGAGGCGUAUCAAGGGAGUCUCCAACGGGAAGCAGCUGCGAGAGCCGAGAUCGACAAACUUGGAGCCAUUUUAGCAGACGAUAAGAGGCAGUUGUUCGUGGCAGAUACCAAACGAAUGGAUACAUUUAAAGCAGCUAUCCGAGAGCAAAAAGCCAAGUGUAAAGAACUGGAACAAGAGCUACUACAAGAGCAGAAGAAGAGUGCUCAAGUGGCUGUCUUGACGGCAGAAAGAGACGAGAAAAGGCUGGAAAUUGAGCGACUUGGAGAAGAAAUGCGAGUGCUACAAGAGCAGCAGGAAGCGUGGCAGAAACUGGAAGAUGACUUGCGUGCGGCUCUUAAAGUCAAAGACGUGAUGCUCGCUGAUCAGCUACGUCAGAUAAGAGAGCUACGUGACCAGAAUCAGAACGCUGAAGUGCAAUUUAGCGACGAGAUAGCUGAGCUCCAGACGCAGAUUGAAGACUUGGAGGCUGCGUUAGACGAGAGUCUCCAGAAGGCAGCGGAAGAAGAGGUCAAGAAUGAAACGCUAAGUACGAAAGUUGUUGCGUUGGAGAAGGAUGUAGUGAAGAAGAACGAGCUGUUGACUUCUCUUCAAGCGGAGUUGGAGAAGAAAGUAUCCGCUCUUGAGUUCUUGGACCAAGAAAUGCAACGGAUGCGAAGUGUUCUUGAGAAUCAGGACGAGUUAUUCCACAAACGUAUGCAGAAACAUGUCGAACAACAACGAGAAGAAGUGGAGCGUGUUCGAGCCAGUGCAGAAGAAGAACGUGAGCAUCAAGUGCAAGGUUGGGCAGCUGAACGAGGAGAAAUGAUGCGUAAGUACGAGACUCUGGCAGCGGAAUUGGAGAGUGUAGCUACGCAGAAUACGAAGCUGCGUGGUGCGUUGGACCAGGAACGCAGGAAGACAGCACAGAACGACCGGGAUAUGAGGAUUCUACUGGCGCAGAUUGAUCGUGAGCGGCAAGCAAAGAAAGAGAAUUUGCGACAGAUUAAAUCUCUAUUCGAGCAACUGCAACGAGAAGCCUCGUAAUUGUUACAAUGUUGUUUUAAAACGAGUC